CUAACACUAGUCGCAGCCAGACAAACUUGGACACUGUAAGCGUAAUCAGCUUUUGAGAUCGAAAUGGGCAAUAAGGAUGUCGAUAUUUUGCGUCCACUUAGCGAUAACGAAGUGGAUGAGCUGAUGCAGUUGUACGGCGAAAAAUAUGGACCACUCAAUUUCCACUAUCUCUUGCUGUACAAUCAGCGCAAAUGGGAUCGCCAGCUGGACGCGGCGGGCAUUUCCCGGGAAGAUGACGCUUACAUAUCGCUGCGCAAGCUUUUUUAUACGCAUCGAACUGGCGACUUUCGACAAUACGGCACAUAUGUGAGCCUGCACCGGGACGUCGUGCAGAGCGUGUCCUUUUACAGCUGGCAGCCCGUAGAGCCAGCGGAGCUGUUCGCCUGCCUGGAGCAAACACAGCGCAUCGAAUGGUCAAACGGUGCGCUGCUGACCAACGUUGAUCUGGAGCAUUGCGCACGCGUCAAGGAGAUUGCCAGCAGGAAAGGAGCGAGUGGCAUACAGGCACGUCAGUGCUACGGCAUGGUAUUGCCACAUGCCGAGGCGCGAACGGUGCACGUGCCCGAUCUGCUGUCAGACUUUGAGUUGCGCCGGCUAAGCGAUGAGGAUGCGGCCAUGGUGCAUGCUAUUUGGCCCAAUAAGGGCGAAGGAUCGCUGGCAUACAUACGUGCUUUAAUCAAGUACAAUAGGACAGUGGGUGCCUGUCGCAGCGACACCGGCGAGCUAAUCGCCUGGAUAUUCCAAAACGAUUUCUCUGGUCUUGGCAUGUUGCAGGUGCUGCCAAAGGCAGAACGGCGUGGCCUCGGCGGUCUCUUAGCUGCUGUCAUGACCAAACUGAUUGCCAAAGGGGAAGAGGUUACGCUCACCGCAUGGAUUGUGGCUAGCAACUGGCGGUCGGAGGCUCUGCUCACCCGCAUUGGCUAUAAGAAGGCUAUUGUGAACGAGUGGAUUAAGCUGUUGCCCGCUUAAUAUGCGGUUGGAUCUGGGUAAAAUUGCUGAUUGGGUAUAGAGGUGAGCCACGAAAUGGAACUAGAAUAUAAACGAUUAUACACUACA